UGCUUUUGGUACUUGCACUGCACUAUCAGUUUUCUUUACCAAAUUUUAACCUUCUCAAUUCACAUACAAAAGAAGUUCUAGCUACAUUUUAACUUACACAAAAAUGGCCCCAAGUUUAGAUGAUGGUAGCUCUCUUUUUAACUUUGUUGUCCGAGAUGGGAACGGAGUCAAAGGAAUGGUCGAUUUAGGCUUAUCAAAGGUGCCAGAAGCUUACAUUCAACCACCAAAAGAGAGAAUAGACAAGCAAAAGGCAACCAAACAUGAGCAGUCACCGAUUGAUUUCUCCAGGCUAAAUGGACCUGACCAUGACGAAGUGGUCAAGGAAAUUGUCACAGCUGCUGAAACUCUUGGCUUCUUCCAACUCGUUAACCAUGGCGUGCCUGUUGAUUUACUGGAGACGCUAAAGGCAGCGGCGCAUAACUUCUUUGGCCUGCCAUCGGAAAAGAAGGCUGUUUAUCGCAAAGAAGUGAGUCCAAGCCCGUUGGUGAAGUAUGGGACGAGCUUUGUCCCAGAGAAAGAGAAAGCAUUGGAGUGGAAGGAUUAUAUUAGCAUGGUCUAUACCAAUGAUGCCGAAGCUCUUGAUCAAUGGCCUAAAGAGUGCAGGGAAGUGGCACUUGAGUACUUGAAAACAUCGAUGAACAUGGUGAAGCAAUUGCUACAAAUUUUGAUGGGAAAUCUUGGAGCCGAACUAGAUGACUCAAAGAUUGAUGCACUCAUUGGCAUGAAAAUGGUUAAUAUGAAUUUUUAUCCAACAUGUCCUAAUCCAGACCUCACAGUUGGUGUUGGACGCCAUUCAGACAUGGGUACUCUUACGAUUUUACUACAAGAUGGAAUUGGUGGUUUAUACGUGAAAGUUGCGGAAGACAUAGAGAAUAUUAUUGGAAAGAAAGGGGAGUGGGUAGAAAUCCCUCCCAUCCCAGGUGCUUUGGUCAUCAAUAUUGGCGAUACAUUACAGAUACUAAGUAAUGGAAGGUACAAAAGUGCAGAACAUAGAGUUCGUACCACAAACACAAAAUCAAGAGUGUCAAUUCCAAUAUUUACAGCCCCGAAACCAGCCGAGAAAAUUGCACCACUUCCUCAAGUUGUGGAGAAAGAUGGAGUGACUCAUUACCAAGAAUUCAUUUUUGCAGACUACAUGAAAAACUUCUUUGGAAAUGCACAUGAUGGCAAGAAAUCCCUUGACUUUGCUCAAAUUACUUCUGCUUGAUGUUGAUGCAGAAAAUUUUGUACCUCACUUGAUUUUGGCUUGCAUGUCCUUUUGGUGCACUUAUUAAUGGUUUAUACACCGGUGUAAAAUAACAAUAAUAAUAACUUUAUAAAAUAAUAAAAUAAUGAUUUAUGUAAAAAAAUAAUAUAAAGUAUUAUGUUAGCAUUUACAAGCUAUCCUAAACUAUAUUUUACAAUA